AUGGUGUUCAAAAAGUUUUGGAAGAAAAUCAAACGAUCCAGGAGCAAACAAAAUUUAUUUGAACAAGAACAACGAGAAGCAAAUGCAAACACUGCAGAUGGAAUACAUUCAGAUGAUGACGUUACGCUCACUACCAAUGAUAGGGAAAACUCGGGAAACAUCGUCUUUGAAUUAGACUAUUUGGAAAAGGAUGCCUUGCCCGAAUUUGAUGACAUACCUGAAGAUGACUACAGUACCGAUUCAGAAGAUGAAGCAGAAAAGAAGGACGAUUUGGAAUAUCAAAUGCUGGCUCAGAAGUACAGUACCAAGGAAGAUCAAGACGUUGCAGUCUUUAUUGCCGUGGCGGAUCGCAUGACCAUGUCCAGUAUGUUGCAUAUAUUACAGGGCCAUGUUCGUUCGUGCAAUAUGGACGUUCAGAAGUUUGCAGAACUGGCCAAAACCCAAGACCAUGGUCUCACAUCACAACUGAAAUCGAAUGCAGUAUCCUUUGCCAAACCAAGACCGAAAAAGUGUCGGUUUGCUGAAGUUACCGAUGGUCAAGUCCGAGCCAAUGUAAAGGAAGUGGAAUGUCUCAAGACCAUGAAGGGUCUCUGGUGGAAACCUACAGAAAUGAGAACGAUUCAGGAGGAAUUAGUCGAAACGGUUCUCUUCUUUCGCCGUUAUCGACACGACUAUAUUGAAUCCGUCGAAGUGAUUGCUCAAAAGUCAGAUGUCCUACCGGAAGAGGUGGUCGAGAAACAUUUGAAGAACCUCACCAAAGACAAUUAUACUAGGGGACUGGAAGCGCACAUUGUCAAACUCCUCAGUCAGAAUCGCAAGACGACCGUCCACGCCGUCAUGAAGAAACAAAAAAAGCUUACGAAAGAGUCCAAAAAUGACCCAGAAACCUUGAAUCUGUUGCGAGAACAAUCUUUGGAAUCGAGCCAGCUGUCGACGAGGUUUGCCGAAAAGAUGGGACAAUGUGAUGAAAUUAUUGCACUUAAAGCCAGUCUUAGUGCAUGGUAA